CGAUAGUUGGAACUUGCUCAUUAUUACCUGCAUUGUAGCUGUUGUCUAGGUAGGUAGUAUACACUUAUUGCUUGAAUAGGUAGGCACAUACUUCAAUUUCCUUUGAGAUGUGAUAACAUAACACCUUCAAGGUAUACCGGGAGCAGGAACGUUCAUCCAACUUGAUGCCUGGUUGGGUCAUCUGUGUUGAUGUGAUUGGGCUGGAAUGGGAUUUCCUUUGGCUUUUCGGGUCUAGGGGAUGGAGCGAACGUGAAAUUGAGAGAAAGUGAGAGCAGGAAAUCUCAGAGUUUAGGUUCAUUAGUCUUUUGACAUCGAGAAGUAGUUUGCGGGAUACGAUGGCACGGGCAGUUACCCUCUACGAUAUGUUACGUUGAAGUAGUCGUAGUUUCCAUCUAGAUAUCUCAAUGAUGGAGAAGGAACACCAGAAGCCUAGAAUGUGAGGCCAAUUCGUCUCUUAUGUCCUCUUCCUCUCUUCUCUCUUCUCUCCUCUUCUCUUUUUUAUCACCAAAUCGGAGAUAUUAGCACUUCGUUUUCUGACUACCUGCAACGUUCUAGCCAUGGCGGGCACUGUUGAAAUUGCCACUCUUGUCUGGUCCAUCAUAGUUGGGAUCCUAAUCUUUUUGCUUGCCUAUACUCCGUUAGGCAAAUGGAUUACUCGUAAGAGCCAGCCAAUUGUGGCUGCUCUGGGUGUCGAAAAUCCAGACACCCCACUGCCCUCUGAUCAGCAGGGGAUCCUGGACGCCCUGGAAAGAUCCUAUGAUACCUAUCAGCAGGAUCGCCAGGUGAUUAUCCGGCUCCUGACUGAGUUGAAGAGUGAGUCAGUGGAACAUCACGGAAGGACCCACGAUAGUCAGCGUGGUAUUGUUGCAGCUAUUGCUGCCGCUUCUGCUGAUGACCGCGCGCAUGCCCGCGAUUUGGCGCGACAAGACCACGAUUUUUUUCGUGAGUUGAACCGUCAACGCGGCCGAGUUACCUACGCUGCGGUAAAUCUCGGAGUGGGCAGAAUCCUAAGGGAGCUUCCACAGUUACUGUCUCGCGGUGAAAAAACCGAUUCCGAAAAUCGUCAUAGACGUAGGAACUCGGCGUGAUUGAGACACGAAGUCUCUUAGCCUCUUGGUACGAGGUGGGCAUCGGUCUGAACAAAACAGCCGGUGCCUCUCCAGCGCUGGGGUUGCAUCUUGACGCGAUGCUGGAGCUUACCACCUUCGGGUGAACUAAGACAAUCCCAAAUCUUAGGUUUCUGAAGUGUCUUCAAGGUAAGCAAUUCCUAGCCUCGGACACACGACGGCAAACAUGGAAAGCAUCUCACUAACAUUCAUCAAGUUACCCAACCUCGAUCCUCGAUGCUCAUCCUCGGGACGUCUCCCGUAUACGCUAUGAAGCUAGUGGGUCUGUUAGGAUUCUGGAUGGGACAUCUGGAAUAAAGAACACCGUUGGUACUUACCUACGUAUGGCCGUAGGCCCCAUAGCUAUCUAGGUAGCUUAUAGUUCCUCGCCGAACAAUAAAGUUGUUUCCCUGCUUCUUGCUCCACCUCGUGACAGACAUGGCCUGAUAUAAUCUUGUACGUGACACAUCUUGACGGACUGCCAUUGAUGAUGAUAUAGAAAAAGCCACUCUUCCUGAUAUAUUAUCCUCUUGAAAGUAAUACGAUUACGACGAGGUACUAUUGUGGACGUACGGUAGCUAUUUCAGACCCGGUCGUCCUUAGAUCUGGAUACGAUCACCCCCGAGAGUGAUUAUAUUACAGAGGAUAGCCAAUUAGCUGGAGUAUUGAUCCUUGGCUGGCGCAUUGCUAUGUUCACCCCUUAAAACUAUUGCCG